CGUGACAUGACAAUGACAUUAGACGUACCGAAGCUCAGAAUAAUCAGCAUCUUUCCUUCUUUCAGGCAGAUGCUAAGGAAUUUAUUGAACUAUUAUCAUGUUACUCAAUAAAUAAUGGUUGAAGAAUCUAUGCUAUAAAAGUCAAGAUGAAGCUUGUUCACAAAAAUAUUGAGAAAGAUGGCUGCGGGAGUAUUGGGCUCAUUGCUGAAGAGCCAGAGGAUAUGUGGCAUGCAUACAACCUGAUAGCUGAGGGUGAUGCAGUUACUGCAUCGACUGUCCGUAAAGUUCAAACAGAAUCUGCUACAGGCUCAUCAACUAGUAACAGAGUGAGGACAACACUCACCAUUUCUGUUAAAUCUAUUGAUUUUGAUACCCUAGCAUGUGUUCUCAGGCUAAAUGGACGGAAUAUUGUGGAGAACCAGUAUGUAAAGAUGGGCGCUUACCACACACUAGACUUGGAAUUGAAUAGGAAAUUUAUACUUCAGAAGACAUUAUGGGAUUCUGUGGCUUUGGAAAGAGUUGAUACAGCCUGUGAUCCCACAGCUAAUGCUGAUGUUGCCGCUAUUGUUAUGCAAGAAGGUCUUGCACAUGUCUGUCUUAUUACACCCUCUAUGACACUACUGAGGUCAAAAAUAGACAUCACUAUUCCGAGAAAGCGAAAAGGAUUUACACAGCAACAUGAAAAGGGUCUCAAUAAAUUCUAUGAAGCGGUUAUGCAAGCAAUUAUAAGGCAUAUUGAUUUCAGUGUUGUAAAAUGUGUUAUUGUUGCCUCACCGGGAUUUGUUAAAGAUCAGUUCUUUGAGUACAUGAUCCAACAGGCUAUCAAAACUGAUAACAAACUGCUUAUUGAUAAUAAAAGCAAGUUUUUAUUGGUCAAAGCUUCUUCUGGAUUUAAACAUGCUUUAAAAGAGGUAUUACAAGAGCCAGCAGUGAUGGCGAAGAUCUCAGAUACGAAAGCCGCUAGUGAAGUGAAAUUACUCGAGUCUUUUUACACCAUGCUACAGCUGGAGCCAGCCAAAGCAUUCUAUGGAAAGAAACAUGUACAGCGUGCGAAUGAGGCGCUUGCUAUUGAAACACUCAUGAUUUCUGAUAAAUUAUUUAGAUGUCAAGAUAUACUGCAACGCAAAGAGUACGUUGCUUUAGUGGAUUCUGUAAGAGAUAAUGGCGGCGAAGUUCGGAUUUUCUCAAGCAUGCACGUGUCUGGAGAACAAUUGGAUCAGCUGACGGGAAUUGCGGCUGUACUGCGUUUUCCUAUGCCAGAGCUAGAAGAUAGUGAUGCUGAAGACGAAAGUGACCACGAUUCAAAUUAGAUAACUAAAAAUUAUUAUUUUUAACAUCAUUCGUCAACACAAUGUACUGUUAUACUAAUGAACAGUAAUGCAUAAGGAUAAUGAAUUUUCCUUUGCUAUGUAACACCAACAUAUUCAAACUGUUGUACAUCUAAAAUACUAUUGAAAAGCCGAAUACAUCGAUUUGUUGUAAAGGAUAUAGCCUCAUGUUGAUGUUUUUUGUUAGUCUAUUAUUAGCUAAACAAUGUAAAUUAAUGUUUUACAGUGGUUGAUUCCACAAUCAGACACAUUGAUUUGCUCAAGCUCACUUUAGUAUAUUAUAGAAGUGGAAUAUACCAACUAGGUGUAAUUUUUUUAUUUAUUUUAAAUGUCUGGUACUCAAGUUAUAUCAUGAUCAGUGUGAUAAGCCAUAUCUACAUGUAUCAUAGUAAUUUUGUUGCUUCGAAAUGACUUUAUUAUUGUAAUUCUAUUGUUUCAUUGUUAUUAAAGGAGAUUUCCUAAUUUUUAUAUUGUGAUGUAAAUAUUGUACGAUUAAUUAGCACAAUACAAUACAUUAAUAAAACCAUAA